AAGAUGACCCGAACUGUAUAAUGCCCAUUGAUGUACGUCCUAACGAUCCGUUUUUUGGACAGUUUGGAGUGACUUGUCUAAACUUUGCUAGGUCUCAGCCAAGCCCCGACCUGCAUUGUAAUUUUGAAACUCGGCAACAAGUAGUAGAAUACACAAUGCCUAUCGACGUGUCCUCAACUUACGGUUCUAGUCCAAAAGAAUACCCAAAUCUGAGAGCAAACGUUUCGGGGUUAUUAAGAGUGCAAAGUCAUCCUGUUGAUGCCUUGGAACUGAUGCCUGUUGCAGCUCCAGACGAUGUGGAAGAUUGUAUACCUAAGAAAUUUCAGUGUUUCCAUUCUGGUGAUGGACGUGCUAACCAAAACGCUGCUUUGAUCAUGCAGCACACUGUGUGGCUUAGGCAACAUAAUCGAAUAGCCAGGAUACUGAAAGGGCUAAACAACUGGGAUGAUGAAAGAUUAUUUCAGGAGGCAAGACGAAUUGUUGGUGCUCAGUUUCAACACAUUACUUACAAUGAAUACUUACCCAUGGUACUUGGCCCUGAAAUUAUGGAACGCUUUGAUCUCAACCCAAUGCCACCCGGAAAGUACUUUAAAGGCUAUGACCCAAAGGUGAUGUUGAUGAUAAGAGCCGGCUUUAUGGUGGCUGCAUUUCGUUUUGGACAUAGCAUGAUUAAUGACAAUUUUGGGUUCAGAAAGUCAGAUGGAAGUAACAAAAGGGUUCCCCUGAGAAAAUUGCUCCUUAAUCCAGACGAUAUUUAUGAAGAAGAGGGGUUUGAGAGAAUCGUAAGAGGACUGUAUGAUGAGCAUUCGCAGAGUGUUGACAGAUUCAAGUCAGAGGAGGUAAGCAAUCAUUUGUUUGAAGAACAUGGUAAACCAGGAACCGGGAAUGACCUCAUCUCAACCAAUAUCAACAGAGGACGUGACCAUGGCGUUCCUGGUUACAUGGAGUACAGAAGAAUGUGCAAGCUGCCCACAUCAGAUAGUUUUUGUGGCCUUAUAGAUCACACAAAAGAUGUGAUUGGUCGUCUGAAGAAAGUCUAUGAACAUGUAGAGGAUAUUGACCUAUUUACUGGUGGGGUGACAGAAGAACCACUUCCGGGAGCAGUUGUUGGGCCAACAUUUGCCUGUAUUAUUGCACUACAAUUCAAAGCUCUAAAGUUUGGCGACCGCUUCUAUUAUGAAAAUGAUGAAGAAAAUACGAAGUUUACGAUUGAACAACUUAAUGAGAUAAAAAAUGUGACACUUGCUCAAGUUCUCUGUAGAAAUUCAAAUAUAGGAAAAGUUCAGGAAGAAGUUUUUAGACAUGGAGCACCUGAGGUAAAAUGUUCAUCUAUUGAAAACGACAUUGAUUUUACUUUAUGGAAAGAAGAAGAAGAAAUCCCUCAAAACUAA